GGGAGCUGCCGUGCAGGGGCGAUGGGAGGUUUUUGGUUUUCUUUAGGCAGCUUUAUUGACUUUGCCAAGGAGCCGAGGUGCUGCCACCUACGCCCAGACACUCCAGAAUAUCCCCGAGACCCAGGUGACCACUCUGGACAACGGUCUCCGCGUAGCUUCCGAGGAGUCCAGCCAGCCAACGUGUACGGUGGGCGUGUGGAUCGGGGUGGGCAGCCGCCACGAAAACGAGAAGAACAAUGGGGCUGGUUACUUCCUGGAGCAUCUGGCCUUCAAGGGCACAAAGAAGCGUCCUGGCACUGCCUUUGAGAAGGAGGUGGAGAGCAUGGGUGCUCACCUGAGCGGGUACACCUCGCGCGAGCAGACCGCCUAUUACAUAAAAGCCUUGUCCAAGGACAUGCCCAAAGUUGUAGAGCUCCUGGGCGACAUUGUGCAGAACUGUGCGCUGGAGGAGUCUGAGAUUGAGAAGGAACGUGGCGUCAUCCUGCAGGAGUUGAAAGAACUUGACAGCAACUUGACAGAUGUCACCUUUGAUUACCUGCAUGCCACUGCGUACCAGGGGACCCCGCUGGCCCGCACUGUCGAGGGGACCACAGAGAACAUCAAGCACAUGACUCGAGCAGAUCUGGCUUCAUACGUUGAUACUUACUUCAAGGCACCUCGUAUGGUCCUGGCAGCUGCUGGAGGUAUUUCCCACAAAGAGCUGGUAGAUGCAGCCAAGCAACACUUCAGUGGAGUGCCUUUUGCAUACAAAGAAGAUGCUGUACCUGCCCUCCCGUGCUGUCGCUUCACAGGGAGUGAGAUCCGUGCCAGAGAUGAUGGUCUGCCCUUUGCCCACAUUGCUCUUGCCGUGGAGGGACCAGGGUGGGCUGAUCCAGACAACAUUGUCCUCAACGUGGCUAAUGCUAUUAUGGGACGCUAUGACCGCACGUUUGGAGGUGGCAAGAAUCAGUCCAGCAGGCUGGCUACGCUUGCUGUGGAGCACAAUCUCUGCCACAGUUUCCAGACGUUCAACACCUCUUACUCUGAUACCGGCCUCUUUGGUUUCCAUUUUGUUUGCGAUCGUCUGUCCGUCGAUGAUAUGAUGUUUUGUGCUCAGGGGGAGUGGAUGCGUCUGUGCACUAGUACCACAGAGUCAGAGGUGAAGAGAGCCAAGAACUAUCUCCGAAAUGCCAUGGUGGCUCAGCUGGACGGCACCACACCAGUGUGUGAGAAUAUUGGAAGCCAUCUCUUAAAGUACGGCCGCCGUAUCCCUCUGGAGGAGUGGGAUGCCCGGAUUGCUGCCGUUGAUGCAAGAAUGGUGAGAGAGGUCUGCAGUAAAUACAUUUAUGACAAAUGCCCAGCAAUCGCAGCCGUUGGUCCCAUCGAACAGCUCCUGGAUUACAACCGUCUCCGCAGUUCUAUGUACUGGAUCCGUUUCUAGGAGGUGUCCCUGCAGGUUGGA